AUGCGAGCAAAGCAUGAUCCUUGUUUCAGUAAUUACUUAUUGCGCAUUGGCAAUGGAUCUGAAUCGGUCAAUGAUCAAAACAAAAUCAAAAUACCAGCAUCUAUGAUAAUUUCUAACAAUUUUUCAAAUGCUAAAAAUCCUAUCAAAGACUUGAUUCAAACUGUCUUUCCAAAUCUCAAGAACUACUCAGAAGAUCCAAUUUCAAUGAUUAAUUCUGUUGUGCUCACUCCAAAAAAUGAUUGUGUACAAGAAAUAAAUGCUUUGUUGAUCAAACAAUUCCCAACAAAAGGUAGAUUAUAUACAAGCAUCGACAAGACAAUUGAUCCAAAUGAUCAAGGACAAUAUGAAGACUUCUUGAAUUCUCUUGAACCAAAUGGUCUCCCACCUCAUCAUUUAGAAUUGAAAAUCAAUAGUCCGAUCAUGACUUUAAGAAACAUAGAUCCUUCAAUAGGCUUGUGCAAUGGAACGCGACUUAUUUGUCGAGAUCUCAAAGAUUUCAUCAUUUGUGCUGAAAUUGCUGUUGGGGAUCGGAAAGGACAAAUGGUUUUCAUACCACGAAUACCAUUGCAACCCUCAGAUCAUCAAAAAUACCCAGUUCAGUUUACUAGAACACAAUUCCCAGUAAAGUUAUGUUUUGCCAUGACAAUAAAUAAAGCGCAAGGCCAAACAUUACAAAAAGUAGGUCUUUACCUACGAGAGCCAGUAUUCUCCCAUGGACAACUUUAUGUUGCUCUAUCACGAGCUACAACUGCUGCAGAUGUUAAAGUUCUCAUUCCACCAACAAAUCAACAUGCUUUGGAUAACAAUACCACAAAAAAUGUUGUUUAUGAAGAACUACUAACACUUGCAGGCUAUAUAUAA